AUGACUUCGAUUUAUAAUAAUUCCAUAUCUAAUUUUUAUAAUUAUAUAUUUAAAGAUCUAGCAGAUCCAAGAACAAACGAUUGGUUUUUGAUUCCAUCACCCAUGCCUGGCCUUAUUAUAAUUGCAUGUUAUUUAUAUUUUGUUACGACUUGGGGUCCGAGAUACAUGAAAGAUAAAAAACCAUACGAAUUAAAAUUAACAUUAAUUAUAUAUAAUUUUUUACAAGUAUUAGUUAGCAUUUAUUUAGUGUACGAGGCCAUCGACGGUCUUUGGCUCAGAGAUGAUUUUUCAUUUCGUUGUCAACCGGUUAUUUUUGAAUAUACAGAACCGGCCAUGAGAGAAGCAAGAGGAGUUUAUGUUUAUUUCAUAGCUAAAUUAACAGAACUACUCGAUACUGUUUUUUUCGUUUUGAGAAAAAAACAUAAUCAAAUAUCAUUUCUUCACAUGUACCAUCAUACUGUUAUGCCGAUGGUAUCUUGGGGUUGUGUUAAAUAUUAUCCCGGUGGUCAUUCAACAUUUGUCGGUGUUAUUAAUUCGUUUGUACAUAUAAUUAUGUAUUUAUAUUAUAUGCUUUCUGCAUUCGGACCUAAAUUUCAUAAAUAUUUAUGGUGGAAAAAAUACAUAACAGUAUUACAAAUGGUUCAAUUUUUAAUUGUUUUUUUACAUAAUGCUCAAUUACUUUUCACCGAUUGCAAUUAUCCAAAAUUUUCAAUUUUUUUCGUUUUUCCAAACGCUUGGUUUUUCUUAUAUCUUUUUAAUGAUUUCUAUGUAAAAGCAUACAGGAGAAAAAAAUAUGAUGAAAAUUCUGGAAAACUAAAUAACAAUGAUAAUAAAUACAUACGAGAUGAUUCUUUUAAAGAAAAGAAAAAUAUUUAA